AUGUCAUCGCAACCAGAUAUCAAUGCCCUGCUGCACAACAUGUGUGCGCAGAUUGAGGUGUUGACCACUCAACUCGCCGAGCUGCAGGCAGAUCCCCCUGCGGCAAACCCCUCGGUAGAGAAAAAGUUCAACAAGAAAGUCGAAGUUGUCGCUGACCCUGGCACCUUCGAAGGAGACAGAGCGCGAUUUGCCGAAUGGUGGAUCAAACUCCAGAUUUGGGUUAAGGCAAACUGGGACGCAUUUGCCGAUGACUUUGAGGAGUGCUACACCAUGGGAGUGUGGCCCACCUGGGACGAUCACAAAGUAGAGAUUGAGAAAUAUUUCAAACCGCAAGCUGAGCAUGACUGGGCGCGUCAGCAAAUCCGUUCCUUCAAACAAGGCAACAUGAGGACGGAUGAUUUUGUAACCCGGUUCCUGGCCCUCUCCAUCCAAGGGGGUCUUGGCAAUGAACAUGCAGUAGAGCUGCUGGAACGCAAUGUGAACCCCCACAUUGCAGAACAGCUUUAUCUGCAGGAUAUGAGAAAUGAGAAUCUCUCUCAAGCAGCAGAGGAGGUUCAAAAAAUAGGUAGGGCCAUAGAGCUCUACAAAAUGCACCAAGGUGGCGAGACCACCAAAAACAACCAAUCCCAGAGGCGCCCUGGGUUCAAGCCUUUCGGGCUGCAGCCAGGACAGGGUGCUCCUAUGGAUAUCUGCGUGGUUCAAGGUGGACAGAUGCGCAGAUUCAAGGGCAACUGUUACAACUGUGGCCAAGAGGGACACAUGUCCCGAGAUUGCAGAAACGGGGCGCAGGCUGCCCAACAAAAAAAUAACCAAGGGCGCCAGGUGCACCAAUUAGAGUCCGAGAAACUGGAUGAUCAGCUCCAGACUCUGGCCGGUCGUUCGUACGACAAAAUCCGGGCCUUCUUCUACGAUCAGCAGGCUGCUGAAAUGAAGGCUCAGCGAAAAGAGUUCGGAGCUUAG